GAUCAGAUUUGAUCGCAUUUACUUAUCUGCAACUGACAGCGCUUGCAACUAUGAAAGAUGGCGGCGAUGGAACAUCCCAUAAAUGUAUCAUGAUUCCCGAGGAAAUCAAAUCCAUAAAUGAAAAACUAUGGUCGUCAUGGGAUCUUCCAGGAAGUCGUCAGUGUCAAGCACGGUGGAGUCAAAUUCCCUUGACUCUGAGAAUUCUCGGCAUAAAAAGCUCGAGAAAAAGUCCCACAAGCAAAACCAGACGAUGCUACCAAAAUUCAAAAAGCCAUACCAGGGAAUGCGUAAAGAAGUUGAAGAAGUGCUCAAAAAGGAAAUCAAGGAAAUUUUGAUGAGCUUUACGGAGGAAGUUAAAGCAGAAGUGAAAAUAUUCGUGAAGGAAAUGAACGAAAUGUGGAUGAGCUUUCUAAAGGAUGCUUCAUCAUAGUGAAGCAGAGGCUCGCAAUUUUGGAGUUAUCUGUCUUGAUUUCUAAAUAUAGUAGGUCUUAGAAAUCGACAUUUGGGGUUUAGGUAUCAUUUUUUAGGUUAUAUAUAAAUAUUGCAAGGAAAUGCGUCUGGAAGGUUAAAUGUUAGGGUUUUAAGUAGGUUAUAUGUUAUCAUGAUGUCUGGAGUGUCAAUGGAGUUUCAAGAAUUUAUAUAAUGUUACAGGAACCUAUUAUCGUAGACUUUAAGAAGUUGU